AGUUAAUUAGAUGACAGAUGACACUGACAGUAUUAAAAGUUUUUUGUUGUAAUAUUGUAAUUUAUCCAUAUAUUUAAAGAAUUUAUCCCAUAUCUUCAAAACUACAUUAUAAACUCUAAAAUCAUUGACUAAACAAUUUCAAUUAGACAAAGCAAAAAAGUUUUUACUACAAGUUUUUAUUUUAGUUGAAUCCCUUUGAGAAUUCCAAUUAUGGUAGUAAUAAGCCAAGAAACUUUUGAAGAAGCUGUCAGAGAAAACAUGGAUUUAUUAGGGUUAACACCAGAAGAAGCGGUGAAGGAAACUGUUAUACAAUUCGAAUCGCAGGGUGUUGAUUUGAAUUCUGUCAAUAUACAAUUUAUAAGUGCUCCAAUUUCUAUGGAACAUAUUGAAGAAGAAGUUAAGACAUUAGAGAAGCUGAAUAGUUCGAAAUCAAAUUCUAUGAACGAGAUUAUCAAACAACUGGAGGCGAUAAAAAUAGAAUGUGAAAAGGGCAUUCCACAAAAAGUAGCAGCAGGAAAGAGUGGAGCAUAUGAUGCUAUCCUAGAUACAUUACAGAGCAAUAAAGAAGAUGUAAAUAUUGUAAAAGGUUGUCUCAGAGCUCUUGUAGCACUGAUGAGCAAACAGCCUGAUCUCUUAAAUGAAAGAGGAAUUGAAGUGAUUAUUUCUAAUCUCAAGAAAGGUGUUGACUUUGACAUCAAAAAAUUAACAUUGAGGUGGACUAAGGAAUGUUGCGUUAUGCAUGAAAUGAAUAGGCAAAACAUUUUUAAAGCACACAUUUUGGAUAACUUGAAAGAGCUCUUGAGUGACGGCUCAUCGGAGAUAUUGAAAGAAGUCCUAGCUGUGUGUCGAGCUCUGGUUCUAGACGAUGACGUACGAGUCGAGUUUGGAAAUGCUCAUGAACAUGCAAGGAUUAUAGCAAGCGAAACAUUAUGUUGCCUUGUAGGACUUCUUGUUCGUUUUAAAUUAGAUGAAGCUCUUAUGAACGAUUUAAUAUUGACGAUAUCAGCAUUGAUGGUUAGAACAGAAUUUUGCAAAAAAGUCGAAGAUGCUGGUGGACUAGAGAUGAUACGAGAUGUGAUGCAAGGUUUUCCCGACAGUGAGAAAAUCAAUAGGCAAUGUUUCAAACUCAUUAAAUCUCUAGCUGGAAACGACGAUUGUAAAGCGCAUAUGGUGCAGAAAGGUUUAGCUCCUGUGAUUGUUGCAGCUUUAGAGACAAAUAAGGGUAAUAUGUCUACUGCUGUAGCUGGGUUGGGUUGUAUAUCUGCUCUAACUCUCAGAAGUUCUGAUAAUAGCAAGGUCUUUUUCGAAGCAGGAGUACCAGCUGUAAUAGUAGAAAUUAUGAAGUUAUAUAGAAAUGAAAAGCAAAUACAGAAAUUUGCUAGCUGGGCUGUGAGGAACAUGGUAUCCAGAAGCAAAUACCAAUGCUCUACCUUUUUGGAUUUGGGUAUUGAAGAAAUUCUUCAAGAAGAUUUGAAAAUAUUCAAGGACAUUGAGUAUGAUAUAAAGGCUGCCUUGCGUGAUUUGGGAGCCAAAGUGCAGCUGAAAGAAGAAUGGACUGGUAAAGGAGGAGCACUGACUACUGGGUUGUCAAGGAAAUGAGUUGAGUUUCGCAGUAGCAUCGUAACGCUUAUGAAACUAAAGUUUAUAUACUCUUUACAUGCAAUUAUUUAUUAAUAUGUUAACUUUUUUACCGUUUCAUAUCUGUCUUCAAUAUAUAUUGCUUUUUUAAUA